AUGUCGGUAUCAAACAGCCCGCUCAUGUCGGUCGCCCGUCUUCUCUCGUCGACCGACGAUUCUCGACAGAACCCCGGGCAUGCAUCUCCUGCAGGUCCUGCAGCACAUUUCAGGCCCGAAAUCGGCAACGCGACCGCUUCCGCUCCCGUCGACGGCAUCACCAGCAGCAUCGGCACCGCCCACCAUCAACAACAUCAACAUCAUCUUCAUCAUCAAGAGCUGCAGCGGCAGGAAGAUUUUAAAAACAGUUCUGAAACAGCAGCGGAGCCACAGCCUCCGGUCCGGAAAAAGAGGAAAAAAGUUCGAAAGAAAGUGGAUCCUGAUAAACGCAAGCGGAUCGCUGUUGCGUGCGAGAGCUGUAAACGGAGGAAACAGAAGUGCGACGGAGCGCAACCAUGCACGAUCUGCGAUCAAAAAGGCUUCGAGUGCAUCUACACCCGCGAAGUACGCAACCAGCAACCCACAACACCUUCCUCUUCAUCCACAACCAACAAUGAGCCCAAACCACCUCCACCACCACCUGCGCCUCCCUCAGAGCAGCAGAAAGCACUUCUUGGUCUCGCCAUGAAGCUAGUCUCGAAACCGACUCCCGCAGCCGCCGACGACGACACAAUCACAGCGACUCCAGAUCAUCAUCAUCCCCACUACGACAGCUCCGCGCACUCGGGUCUCAACGUCCUCGGAGAUGUAGCAGCUAUGGCAGCAACCCAAUCCGACAAGACUUCAAGCCCCGCAGCACCUACCCUCUACCCCGCAAACUCAGGAACUCCGGCAUCGACAAACACCACGCUGACAACUACCGCCACAUCUACCCCGGCGUCGGCGCAGAAACCGGCAAACGAAGGCUCUCCGAGCCACGCGGAAGCAGAACAGAAUGCUGGAGCGACCAAGAGCGCGAACUUGCAUGAUUAUCAGGUUGAGACGGUUGGGAGCGGACACAGUCGCAUGCUCUGCGAUCCCCAGGGCCAUCUACGGUAUAUUGGCGAGAGCGGCGCGCUCUCCUUCCUCGAGCAAACAAGAAGCGUUUUCCGCAAGACGAUCGGCGAGUCAAACUUCACCCUUGACCCCGACCGCUUCCGCUUCGUCGACGGCCCAAGCCACGUCGCCUCGAUCGUGCCCAUCCGUCCUCCGCCGCGAGAGAUGGCAGAGAUGCUGAUUCAGUUGUUUCUGGAUAACGUGCAGCCGCUAAACUACGUGUUUGAUUUAGAGGUCUUUAUGGAGCAGGUAGACCUGAUUUAUAAAAACCCGAUGCGGUGCUCGAAUAACUGGCUUUGUCUGCUGUAUCUCACCUGUGCCAUUGGCGGUAUUUUUGCAAACAGCAAGAAACUACUCGAUCUCCGCCGCGAAAAAGCAACCGACUCAUCAUCCACCGCCGCCCCAGACUCAGCAGCGUCGCCGUCGUCGUCGGCUUUCGCGGCCGCGGCAGCGUCCAAGCUCGAGGAGAGCGACUCGAUUCCAUCAAAGGAGUUUUUCGAGAGCGGACUCGGGCUGAUGAAGGACGCGGCCGAGGACGGCGAGAUUUGGGUUGUGCAGGCGUAUUUGCUGUGUUGUUUGUAUUAUAUGUUUAUCUGCAAGCGGAACGUUAGCUGGGUGCAUCUUGGAACCACGAUCAGAUUGGCACAGGCACUGGGGCUACAUCGCCAAGUGCUAAACACGCAGUACCCCAAACGCGAGCGGUUGCUCCGGGAACGGUUGUGGAGGACGGUGUAUGUCCUGGAUCGGUACUGCUCUUCAAGUCUCGGCCGGCCGAUGAUGAUUGAGAAUUCUGACUUUGUGGAUUCGUUUGCGGCAAAUAAUAACAAUAGCAGCAGCACCGAUUUCUUCGAUCAAGUACAGAGCGAGCAGGCAAAGAUCAUGACGAUAGUAGGCGACGUGUGCAAGUUUGUGUAUGGCAAGCAGAGUAUUUCUAGUUCGGCGAGUCAAGAGCUCGCGAUGCGGUUGCGGCAGUGGAGUUCUGAACUUCCGAAGCACAUGCAACUAUCAUCGAGUAGUAGCCUGUCGUCGACUGCAGCUCCGACAGCUACCGCCGCAGCAUCAGCGACAAGGGAUGAUACGGAGAAGCAGUCGGUAUCAGAUGGAGCUGGCGCGAGACUGGAAAUGGAAGUGCCGCACAUGCAAAGCCGGUCGGUGCGGCCUACGUUGACGAAAAAGCGCAAGAUGCGACAGAUGCUGCUGCGCAUGCAUCUCUGCCACUUGAAUGGCAUUAUCUUGCUCACGCGGCCGUUUUUCUUCUUUUAUGUGGUGCGCAAUAGCGUCGAGAAUGAUGCGAAUGUGAGUCUGAAUAAGGCGGUGACGAGGCUGUCGUCUGCGUGUGUGCUGUGCGCUGCGCGGUCGGUCGAUCUCGUGAUGGCGCUGUUUAUUGAAAACGAGCAACCCACGCGGCCGCCUUUCCUAAUAUACUUUAUCUUCAGCGCGGGAUUGAUUCUCGUACUCGAGGCCUUUCGACAAAAGUCAAGCGUGGAGUCGUACAUCAUGCGCGGGAUCUCGCUAUGCAUGUUCAUUCUGGACUACUACGCGACAUGCGACUCCUCCUCUGCUCGAUACAAGCAGAUUCUGGUCGAGAUGGACCGCGCGGUGCGGACAGCUUAUAGCAGCGAGACAGGCACGUCGAGCCAUCUCGGGCAGAUGGAGCAGAUUAAUCAGUUGCUGUUCAGCAGCAGCGGCGCGAGUUCAGGCCGGAACACUGCCGGCACGACGACUCCGCAGGAUGCGCACCGGAGACCGCCUUUUGCUGCUGCGGUGACGGGCGUGGGAGUAAGCGCGUCAACAGGCCUGUCGCGGGAGGGAUCGGUGUUGGAUGUGAAUGAAGGGUCAGCAGCACGGAGACAGGAGGAAGAUCUGUGGUACCGGGAAUUUACGCGGCGGGGUGGAGAUUUUGGCGCCGGAUUCGGGAGCGCGAGUGGCGGUGGGGGAGGGGGUGCUGGUGGUGGUGAUGGGAGUAGUACGCCUACGUCGUCGAAUCUGUCGGCGAUGUUUUUACGAGCUGCGGCGAGCAAUGGUAUGUACCAGCAGCAGCAGCAGGCAGUGAAUAUAAGCCAAACGCCAGUGCUGGCACCGGUGCCAAUCCCACCACAACCAGCGCAGCAGAUACCGCCGAUAACCGGGUAUAUCCCCGCCGAGCAGCAAGUGGUCGAGCUAUCGCCGUCGGAGGCGAUGGAGCAGUUUUUGAUGGAGGACACGUUUGCAAACACGACGACGUCUGUCGAUUUCAUGUACGAUCUCGGGAUCGACUGGCUGAACGCGGCGGUGUCGACAGCGGACGUUUUGUCGGGCGAGCCGAGUCAUCUUGACAUGGCAGCCGAGGACGGAGGAGGCGGAGGAGGAGGAGGAGGAGUGCGUGGGCUGAUGCUCAACUCUGAGUUUUAA